AUGUCUCUCCCUGGGGCUCCGUGGGACUGCCUCUCUGACAUAACUCUGGAAGUCUCCCGGGAUGUGUUUGAGGUCCAGGCCGGUCUCAUGGUGCUGUCCUCAGGGUGUGGAGUGGUCCUGGGGGCGCUGACUGCGGCGGUGCUGCUGCUGCGAUUCUGUCGCAAACACAGCGAUCCUGCACCGGCCCAAAGGGUGCGUGUGCUGGAGCCAGAACCAGAACUGAGAGGAGGAGAGAAGUGCCAGGGGCCAGGAGCCAUGUCUUCAGAGAGGCAGCAGCAGAAGGCCCCAGUGAGCAGUGACAUCACAGCUUUCGCCUCCAGAGCUAAAGUGGUUUAUCCCAUCAACCAGAGACACCGCCCUUUAGCAGACGGAGCUUCAAACCCGUCCAUUCACGAGGUUGCGGACAGUCCCCCUUCUUCCUCCUCCUCCUGUUCAUCUGAUGAAGAAGAUGAAGAUGAUGAAAUCAGGCAGGAGGGCGGCCAUUUUGUGUCUUCACCCCACAGUUUUACUCCUGUGUCCUGUGCUCUGCAAACACUCACACUGAGCAGGUCUCAGAGCCGGCUGAGUCUCGGCCUCUUGUCUCUGGAGCAGCUCCAUCACAUGUGGCUUCAGCUGCAGGAGGAGAAAGCUGAGGUUUUCUCUCAGAUCCGGAAGUCUGUGUUUGAUCAGAGUUUCUCCCAGAAACAGCGGCAGUUGAACGUCUGCUCUGACGUUCUGCAGCAAGAGAAGCAUAUAGAUCAUCCCUCCACUGUAACAGAGGAACCAGGAUCAAAACGAGGACCAGAACCAGGACCGGGACCGGUGUCUGUGGAGGAGUUGGAGCAGCGAUACAAAGAGAUUUUCCAAAUGCAGCUGCAGGAGGUCCUGUCCUUCUUUCAUCAGCUGAAGUCUCUUGCCUCAGGAUUUCCUCCAGAUGUCGCUGAACAGAUGCUUCUCUCAGUCUGCACCAAAUUGCUGAGACUGGAGAAAUGUCAGCAGAUUAGCCAGGAGACCAGCCUCAUGAGCAUCCUGCAGAGGGCGCUGUGGUGGCAGGAGCUCUGGUCAUGUCUUCAUACUCAGCCUGAGCUGCUGGAGCAGGAGCUGAGAUCUAUGCAGUCCCUGAUCUCCUCACGUCUACAGCAGAAGGAAAAGGAGGGAGCUGUGAGGUCAUCUGAGACCAAGGAGGUGCUGAAAGAGGUGCAGAGCCAUGUGGAGGCUACGCUGCAGGAGUACCACCAGGAGCUGGAGACUCGGACUCAUCUACUUCUCACAGAGAAGAUGGAGAGACUGAGGACAGGGAAGAACGGUGGAGUGAACUGUGAGGAGCAGGUUCUCCAGGCUGUGGCCGAGCUGUGGAUGAAUGUGCGUUGCUCCUGCUCCUCCCGGUUCUCCUCCCUCUGCAGAGACCUCCUCCUCCGCUCUUCCUCUGGUUCCUGUUGCUCACUUUGGUCCGAGCUGCAGUGUGACCUGACUGCACUGCUCCCACAGGCAGAAGAGGCCACCAAAGAGCAACUGCAGACUGUCACAAAGGAGCUGAGGACAAAGCAGGAGAGGUGGACCGAGAACAGGACUUGGCUGGAGACUCGACUCAAACAUCUGUGUGAAGAACAAACAGAGAUCAUGAAGAACGUGGAUCUGAAACUGAAUCUGAAACACGGUCUUAACAGCCGGCUACUCGAGCUGCAGUCUCUCCUCCUCCAGGGGGCGCUACAGAGGCUGUUUGUGCUCAGACAUGUCAGUCUGGUUCUGCUGAAGGAGAUGAGACUGAGCGCGCUCAGUCUAGACCAGGGAGACACAGAGGCCGACCUUUGCCCAGAUCUUCAGCAGGGGGCAGAGCUAAGACUGAAGCAGCAGUUUGAGAGAGAGCUGGAGUCUGGGAUCAGCCAGAUGCAGCACCACCUUCAGUCCAUCCUGGGAACCGCUCUGAGCCUCAACCAGAAAGAGGGCUCUGCAGAGGAGAGAGAGGGCCCCGGAGAGGCCAGAGACGGCCCCCCAGGGGAGGGAGAGGAGCAGAGCCACAACCACACGAAGAUGCAUCUGUUGGAGGCAGCUGCGGAGAGCGUUUAUCUCACCAAAGCCUCUCUCUCAGCUUUGGUGCAGCACUACUACAACGAGCUAGAGGGCGCUGUGCUAAGACUGCAAAAGGAGGAGAGCUGUGAUGGUGAGCAGGAGCAAAGCAGGACUCUCAGACAGAACGUUCUGAAGGAGGUGAAGAAGUGGAGCAGGAGACCAACGUCGGAGCCGAGCCACCGCAGAGUCCAGCGUCACAAACAGAAGCUGCUGCAGUCGUUCUCACAAAACCAGAGUUUGGAGAAUCUCAAACUUCAGGAAAUCACCAGAGAAAUAAACCUGGACCAGACCAGAGACCGGAUCAUGGGGGCAGAGGAGGACUUCCUGCAGGAGCUCACAGCUGCAGCUCGAGUCUCACUUCAGAUCGACACAGAGGAAGACCAGACCACAUCCAAUGACAGGAGCCUGGACCUGCUGCAGCUGCUGAAGAUGAACCCGGCUUUAGAUCCGAGUCUGAAUCCAUCGCUGACCCCUCUGUGUUCCAACAUCGUCUACAGAGACAAGAACACAUGA